AUGGACCGCAUGGAGCGCUACAUCCUCUACAUGGUCAACUACGAGGGUCACGACUCCUGCGACCACCGGCAAAACGGCUUCAAGCGCUGGGAGUGCAACCGGCCCGACUCGCCCAAUGGGCCGCUGAAGUUCUCCGAAAAGUUCCAGCUCUUCACCCCGUUCUCCUUGGGGUUCGAAUUCCGGCCUGGGCACGAAUAUUAUUAUAUAUCGGCCACCCCACCAAACCCAGUCGAUAAGCCCUGCUUAAAGUUGAAGGUUUACGUCCGGCCGACAAAUGACUCCCUCUACGAAUCCCCAGAGCCCAUAUUCACCAGCAAUAAUUCCUGUUGUAGUUUCACCGUCCCCGACGCCUUCUUCGUGGUGGCUCCCGUUUUUUGGACGAUUCUCACCUCCUAGCCCGAGCUUGGAAGGGAAACCCCGAGUCUCUUUUUUUGGGCGGCGAGAACAAAAUAUUUGGGGAACACGAAAAUAAGAGAGAGCGCAAAACGGGAACGUCGGUGUGUUUCCCGAUGGAUCGGCUAAAAGCGGGAAACAACUUUGUCUGGAUUUCUGGGUUGGGGAAAACUGGGUUUUGUGACAGUUAAUUUUGGACGGGUUGCGGUCUCGACAGAAACGCAGUUCAACGGAAAGGCGGAAACGCCGUUGCGUGGAUUCCCAUUUCCUUCCCGACUUUUGCUUUCUGCAAGAAAUUACGAAGAGGAUUUUUUGUGAAAACCGUGUCAAGGGAGCUGAGCUGGUUCCAUGCCUCCCAAACUUUCAACUUUGGAUUUGGAUCCGUUUCUUCGCGCUCCGCUUCUUACCCCGAAAGCGGGUUUUUACUUCUGAAUUCUAGACCAAAUAGAGUUCUCGUUUUUGUCCUCCGUGGUUUCCUCUGCCGCCCCUAUCUAACCUUUUUUUUUGGUGUCCUAUAUUCCGUAUUUCUCUCCUGCAAUCGGGACACCACCCUGAGGAAGACAAAAAAAAAAUGGAGAUAUUCUCUCCAACGUGGUGCUUAAUUUGGAAUCCUUUGUGUGUCUUUGUCUUUACUUUUAAUAAUAACACUUUUUGUGCCACGACCGACUUAAUAUUUCCCGGUGAACGAAACCAACCACUGGUCAGAUCAGCGAGGCGGACGCUUCGGAAAAGCCUUGCCGAGGACUACAAGACUGGCCCGGCUUGGUCGGUUGGUUCGGCAAAAGUGAUCAAUGAACGUAUCAAUGUAUUGGGAUCGUUUCGUCCAUUUCUAAGAAUCUUCCGCUGCUUCAGAAGGACUGUAAUGAACAGUUUCUUCAUCCUGAGAGAUGGGAACCUUCUGAACUUAUUCUUUUCCUAAAGAGUUUGGGAUGGGGAGGGAGGGAGAAUCAAGCACAAUACAAUCACUGCAAUGGACGUAACAAGGUGCACAACCAACCAAUGGGUGCACAAAGUUUAUUUGCAGCCAACAAACCCUCAGCUUCCCAAAGUUCGAGUUGGACAGUACACAUUUCUGGUGUAAAAAAAAAAAAAGAUUCCCAUGUGGUUUUAGACGAGCUCUGCAUUGUUUCAGGGAACGAUUUGGGGAUGGCUCUUAUCACUGCCAGCACCACGUUUUUGCUUCUUUGAUCCCAAGGCAACAGUGGCAGGAGAAGGAAGGGAUUUGGCUUCAUGGGGAGCAAGUUCGAUGGGGGCCCUAGUCAUAAUUCCUGGAAUUGUUGUCGAAGGCUUUCAUAGGUUGCUGUGAUUUUUCUGGGCUAUCUGGACACAUUCCAGAAGCAUUCUCUCCUGACGUUUCACCCACAUCGAUGAGGUUGUGAGGUCUGUUGGAAACUAGGCAAGUGGGGUUUAUAUAUCUGUGGAAUGGUGUCCAGGCUGGGAGAAAGAACUCUUGUCUGUUGGAGCAUUAGGAUGUGUUACCAUCCUGGUGGGAGGCUUUGCUCAUGUCCCCGCAUGGGAAGCUAGGGCUGUCAGGUGGGAGCUCACCCCAUCUCGCAGAUUCGAACCAGCAGCCUUUGGGUCAGCAACCCAACCUUCAGGUCAGCAAUUUAGCCGGCACAAGGGAUUAACCUUGUGGUUCCCAAACUUAUUUGGUCCCCUGCCCCCUGGAAAGGGGGCGUGGCUUAGAGGGGUGGGCGUGGCUACUGCUCAAGAGGGCAGGGUUGAGCCUCUCCCCUAGUCCAAGAUGCAGGGCUAGGAGGGGGAGCUGGGCGGGGCCACAAAUGGGCAGCCAGGACUGGGAUGGGCGGAGUUACGAGCUCUGAGAUAGGGCUGAGCUUCUAUCCCUGUCCUGCGGAGCCUGCCAGGAUGCAGGGGGCGGGGUUAGUGGAGGGGGCGGGGCCUCUUCCCAAGUGCCUGACGGGGCUGAAGCUCUAUACCCCACCCUGUGUUCUAACAAGUGCCUCAGCGGAGGUAUAGCCCCACCCUUUAGUCCUAAAAGGCCUCUCAGGAGAAACAUAGAGGCUCAGCCCUAUCUCAGGCUCUUGGAAAGAGGCCCCGCCCCCUUCCCUAGCUCCGCCCUCUAUGUCCCAACAAGCGCCUCAGGAGAGGUAUAGAUUCUCAGCCCUGUCUCGGGCUCUUGGGAAGAAGCCCCGCCCCUCCCCUGGCCCUGCCCAUGUCCUAAUAGGUGCCAUCACUGUCCCCCUGAAAAGGAACAAAUCAUGAGCCACAAAAAAUAUUCAGGGUUGUGAUUCCACUCUUAACUGCUGUGGUUGCAUCCUAUGGGAUCCUGGGAGUUGUAAGCUGGAGAGGCACCAAGGAGAGUAGUGGUCCUCAACCUGUGGGUCCCCAGAUGUUUUGGCCUUCAACUCCCAGAAAUCCUAAUAACUGGACCAUGUAGAGCAGUGGUUCUCAACCUGUGGGUCCCCAGGUGUUUUGGCCUUCAACUCCCAGAAAUCCUAAUAACUGGACCAUGUAGAGCAGUGGUUCUCAACCUGUGGGUCCCCAGGUGUUUUGGCCUUCAACUCCCAGAAAUCCUAAUAACUGGACCAUGUAGAGCAGUGGUUCUCAACCUGUGGGUCUCCAGAUGUUUUGGCCUUCAACUUCCAGAAAUCCUAACAGCUGCACCGAGUAGACCUGUGGGUCCCCAGAUGUUUUGGCCUUCAACUCCCAGAAAUCCUAACAACUGGACCGAGUAGAGCAGUGGUUCUCAUCCUGUGGGUCCCCAGGUGUUUGGCCUUCAACUCCUAGAAAUCCUAACAACUUGACCAAGUAGAGUAGUGGUUCUCAACCUGUGGGUCCCCAGAUGUUUUGGCCUUCAACUUCCAGAAAUCCUAACAACUGGACCGAGUAGAGCAGUGGUUCUCAAGCUAUGGGUCCCCAGAUGUUUUGGCCUUCAACUCCUAGAAAUCCAAAACAUCUGGGGGACCCACAGGUUGAGAACCACUGGAGUAGAGCUUUCCAGUUGAGGAUUCAAAUACUACCACGUUUUGGCAUUCCAUAAGAUGGAACCAUAGCAGUUGAAGUGGAAUCGUUGUGGUAUUGUAAAUGUAUAGUGCAGAAGGGCCCAAGUGAGAGUUGGCUGCCCGUUGAUGGAUGUUUGAAGACUAGGUCAUUGUCAUCUCAGUGGUCUUUCUAGCACUCCUCGGCCGUACCAAAGUGCAUUCCAGCUUUUCAGGGAAAUUCACAAAAACUCUUCUCCCCAAACUCGCCACCCGAAACAACCUUCCGACACUGUCCGCAGACCCACAAAAAAGGGCGAAAAAAGCAAAAACUCCUCCGCAACGCACAACCCUCGCUUGGGACUCGCUCUGAACCGUUUGUUAGAUUUCUGUACAUAGUGCCAGCAGGCAUCAUACUGUGACUAUGAAUUAUUAUUAUUAUUAUUAUUAUUAUUAUUAUUAUUAUUAUUAUUUUUAAUGGAUUCGCCGCGGGGAAAACACGAAUGGUGUUGAUGGACAGGUUU